GACGCGGCCCGCGCGCUCCCCCGGCCCCUUUCCCGGCUGCGCGGGCCCCCGGCGGGCCCAUGGGCGGCGCGGCCGAGCGGGCGCUCUGAGCGCAGCGCGGAGGCGAGAGUGAGCGAGGUUUGGCGCCAUGCCCGGGCACACCGAGCCCUAGGCCACAGCUGGGCCGUCGGAGCAGCCCCUGCUCACUCCGGGCUCACCCCUCCCCACCACCCGCUGCACACCAUGGCCGGGGACCGGCUUCCUCGGAAGGUGAUGGAUGCCAAGAAGCUGGCCAGCCUGCUGCGGGGCGGGCCCGGGGGCCCGCUGGUCAUCGACAGCCGCUCCUUCGUGGAGUACAACAGCUGGCACGUGCUCAGCUCCGUCAACAUCUGCUGCUCCAAGCUGGUGAAGCGGCGGCUGCAGCAGGGCAAGGUGACCAUCGCGGAGCUGAUCCAGCCUGCCGUGCGCAGCCAGGUGGAGGCUGCGGAGCCGCAGGAUGUGGUGGUCUACGACCAGAGCACGAGGGACGCCAGCGUGCUGGCCGCAGACAGCUUCCUGUCCAUCCUGCUCAGCAAGCUGGAUGGCUGCUUCGACAGCGUGGCCAUCCUCACAGGGGGCUUUGCCACCUUCUCCUCCUGCUUCCCUGGCCUCUGUGAGGGCAAGCCCGCUGCCCUGCUGCCCAUGAGCCUCUCCCAGCCCUGCCUGCCUGUGCCCAGCGUGGGCCUGACCCGCAUCCUGCCUCAUCUCUACCUGGGCUCCCAGAAGGAUGUCCUGAACAAGGACCUGAUGACCCAAAACGGAAUAAGCUACGUUCUCAACGCCAGCAACUCCUGCCCCAAGCCCGACUUCAUCUGUGAGAGCCGCUUCCUGCGCGUCCCCAUCAACGACAACUACUGUGAAGAGCUGCUGCCCUGGCUGGACAAGUCCGCGGAGUUCAUUGACAAAGCCAAGCUGUCCAGCUGCCAAGUCAUCGUCCACUGUCUGGCCGGCAUCUCGCGCUCCGCCACCAUCGCCAUCGCAUACAUCAUGAAGACCAUGGGCAUGUCCUCGGACGACGCCUACAGGUUCGUGAAGGACCGGCGCCCGUCCAUUUCACCCAACUUCAAUUUCUUGGGCCAGCUGCUGGAGUACGAGCGCAGCCUGAAGCUGCUGGCUGCCCUGCAGGGCGACGGGGCGUCCCACCCUGGGACCCCGGAGCCCCUCCCGGGCCCUGCCACCCCACUGCCGCCGCUGCCACCACCUACCUCAGAGAGUGCUGCCACCGGGAGUGCAGUGGCCACCACCACCAGGGAGGGCGCCCAGAUAGGGGGUGGGGAGACUCCCGCCCCCGCCCCGGCCACCAGCGCACUGCAGCAGGGCCUGCGUGGCCUGCACCUCUCCUGCGACCGCCUCCAGGACACCAACCGCCUCAAGCGCUCCUUCUCGCUGGACAUCAAGUCGGCCUAUGCGCCGAGUCGGCGGCCUGAUGACCCUGGGCCCCCCGACCCCGGGGAGGCCCCCAAGCUCUGCAAACUGGACAGCCCGUCAGGGGGCGCUCUGGGCCUGCCCUCGCCCAGCCCCGACAGCCCGGAGGGAGCGCCGGAGCCGCGUCCCAGGCUCCGCCGGCGGCCCCGGCCCCCAGCUGGCUCCCCGGCGCGCUCCCCCGCGCACGGCCUCGGCCUGAACUUCGGAGACACCAGCCGGCAGACUCCGCGGCACGGCCUCUCGGCCCUGUCGGCGCCCGGGCUGCCCGGCCCCGGCCAGCCGGCCGGCCCUGGGGGCUGGGCGCCGCCGCUCGACUCCCCGGGCACGCCGUCCCCCGACGGGCCCUGGUGCUGCAGCCCCGAGGGCGCGCAGGGCGCGGGCGGCGCGCGGUUCGCACCCUUCAGCCGGGCCGGCGGGCCGGGCACGGGCGGCGGCGACCUGCGGCGGCGGGAGGCGGCGAGGCCUGAGGCCAGGGAUGCGAGGACCGGCUGGCCCGACGAGCCGGCCCCCGAGACGCAAUUCAAGCGCCGCAGCUGCCAGAUGGAGUUCGAGGAGGGCAUGGUGGAGGGGCGCGCGCGCGGCGAGGAGCUGGCCGCUCUGGGCAAGCAGGCCAGCUUCUCGGGCAGCGUGGAGGUCAUCGAGGUGUCCUGACUGCAGCCGGCAGCUGCCCCGAGCCCUUCCGCUGCCCUCGGCUGGGCCCGCUAUAAAUAUAUAUUAUAUAUAAUGCAAAGGAAGGUAAAUGGUUUUACUGCGAUUUUUAUCGAGAAGUAAAUAUUUCAAUUUUUUAUUUAUUUAAGCUGUUCAUUCUGGCAAUGAUUUGGCAACAGUGCAGGCGGUCCUCGGAGCUCUAUUUUUACUGUCUGGUAUUUAAACUGAAACCCACGUUUCUAAGCAAUAUGAGGCCACCUUCAGUUGCAAGCUGGGGUGCCAGGCCUGGGGUUCCCCCCCACCCCCUCCCCCAGGAAACACUGCUGACCGUUGCAAAGAGGCUGCUGAGCUUUCGUGCACUUUUUACAUAAGAAAAGGGGAAAAAAAGGAUAAAAAAACUUUGCCACAAACUGAGCCGCAGAAUCUCCCUGCCCUCCCUGCCACCUCCUUUCCUGCCUCUUCCUUCUCCUCUGCUCCUUCCCAGGCUCUUCACCAAAGCCAUAGGUGGGAGGAGGUGUCCCGGGAGCUGGUGGGGCUGAGGAGGCACUGCCAGCCCCCUGCCAGCUCGAGGCGCCAAGUCUCGGUGCCACAGAGGGCACCCCCACUGCCCGUCCCCCCUGGGCCCGUUGCCUGGUAGGUGUUAUAGGGGCCAGGGUGUUCAGAGGGCUGGGGUCUGGAAGAGGGCAGGCAUGCAGUGAAGGGGGCUCUUGAGUGUCAGGUGACGUGGGUCCCCAGGGCAGGGAUGCAGGUGGAAUGCCUCCACUCCUGCCUGGGCCUCGGUCCAGUCUCAUGGGUUCAGGGGAGGCUGCUGCCCUCUCCUCUGCUUUGUAGGUGCCCCAUAGCAUCAGCUGCCAGGUGGGGAACCAGCAGGAGAGGGAGCUGGGCCCCUGGGGGUGGCAGGCGGGAGGUGCUGAGCCAGCCAGUGUUGGCUGCACUGGUCAGAGGGCAGGUAGAUUUAGGGGCUUGUUCUGCAGGUGGAGGUGUCUCCGGGAGGAGUGGCUGCCUUGCUGAGGGAGGGGGCAGUCAUGCCUGCCAGACCCUUAUGUCUCCAGGGGGAGGGGGCCUGAGCUUGGGAGAGCCACCUCCAGGUGAAGAUCCCUGAUGUGCGCAGGUGCAGGAGGUGUCCCCCAUGUCUCCCCAACCCCCGCAGGGACGUCGGAGGAGAGAGACCCCUGUACACCCCUCUGCUGGGGAGCUCUCCCCUCCGAAGUCUCCCAUUACCUUCAAGGUGACAUGCCAGUCCCCACCUCCAGGUGGCUUUUUGGCCCAGGUGGGCCAGCCUGGGGGCGAGGGCAGGAGAAAAGCCCCAGCUACCCGCCCCGCCACCCUCUUGGGUCAGUGGGAUCCAAGGCUUUUCGAGGAAGGAGUGGGUGUCCCCCGACCUUUAGAUAUCCUAGAGCAUCUAGGAGUGGGGGCUGGUCACCUCGGGAAGAGGCCAGGGACUUGGCAGAAGGGGGGCCUGGGCAGGACUGAGUCCUCAGGCAGGCAGGUGGGGGGUUGCCUGCCCCCAGCUGCCCUCAGGCUGUUUCUUCUAUUUGUUCUUCUUUUGACCCCCUCUCCGCUCUAUGUCCCGUCUUCCCUCCUUUGAGCAAAAGUCCUUUUCCUGUUCCCUCUGUCCCCAUCCCGUCCCCCAAGAAAAUAAGCUAUCAUUGUUGUAUUUGCAAUCUAUGGAUUAGAGGUUUAAGUAUUUAUUAUUAUUGGUUAAUUAUUAUUAUUAUUAUUGAUUAUGUACAUUUGCCUCCUGUCUGUCGCGUUGGGUUUCUGAGGUGACCCCGGUGUGGAGGAUGCACUGGUUCCCCUCCACGCUGCACCCCUGUGCUGUCCAGGAGACAGUGGUCGGGCCACUGGGUGGGCUGCACAACCCUGGGGGCGGGUCCCAUGGACUGUCCUCCCCGCCCCCGCCCCAUCCUUCUCCAGGGCGGCAGAGUCCCUGUGGCUUCUGUCCUGGGGUGCAUGGGGGCUCUUGACCUUGAGACACUGAUCAAAGUGAGCAGCUGUGAUGGGAGAAGGUCCUGUCUCAGCCGGCCCCCUUCCUGCGCUGGGGGCACCGGGCACAAGCCCCUCCCUGGUCACUUCCACCCACUGUCCCAGGUGGGGAGGGGGUGGGACCCCAGCUCUCUCCAAGUCUUUCUUGACCCUCCCACCCCUCCUGUCGGCCCAGUGCCUGGCAUCGGGGGUCCCCCAGAAUGGACCCGGCCCCCUCCUAUUAUUUGCUGGAAAGUCCAGCGGAGGAGAGGUGGCAGGUCCCCCCACAUGGCUCCCCGUCCCUUUGGACUGGGCCACCCACCCACCUGCCCGCCCACCUCAGAAUCCCUCCUCAGCGCGGCCACUCUCUCCUCCCUGUCCUGUCCCCUUCUUUUGUAUUUGGAAACAACGUGUUGUAAUAAAUCCUGAGAUGGAUGUUUUC